GCCACAAAUCUAGCAGUAAAUACAAUAUCCACUAAUGUAUUCAAUUUUAUUUUUCCUCUUUGCUGUUACAAUUUUAUUAUGGAAAGCUAUGGAAGAUGAUGAUGUAAAACUUGAAGAAGAAAUAAAUAUAGAAUUGAGCAGAAUCAGUGUUACUUCCCUUGAAGUGGAUGAUCUCAACACUGAUUUAUCAGCAGAAGCUUGGAGUGAUGGUGAAACAACUUCAGAUGAAUUACCAGAAUCAGUUCUGUAUUGUCUAAACGUUGUGAAGAACAGAAGUCAAAAUGCUGAAAAUCUUAUACUGCAAGACUUGGAAGAUGAAGAAACCACAAGUGACAUCUAUCGAGUAGUUUCAAGCCAGGCUUCAGAGUACUUGGCAGAAUUGGCUUCUGAAUACAAUGAAGAUCCAGAUGCAUUGAAGAAGAGGAUACUGACUGAAAUAGAAAAUGAAGAAUUGCAGAGCAGAGCAACUUCUGAUAGUAAUAGUCAACCCAUCAAUGAAGAUGUAACUUGCAGAGUGGUUGCUGAUGAGUGCUCUGUCACAGAUAAUGGUGACAUGGCCAUUAGCUUUACUUACCAUGAAGUAGAGGAAAGGUGCAGGCAAGAAUUUGAGCUGUGGGAGGAGCGACAAAAAGAACUUGAAGACCAGAAAAGGAAAAAGCUGAAAGCUGAGAGGGAAAUAGAGGAAAAACAAAAUGAAGAGGAAAAGAAAAGAAGGCAACUGUAUCUGGAGGAAUUUGAGGCUGAAAGGAUGAAGUUAGAGAUGCUUCAUAAGCAGCAACAAGCUAUGAUGGAAGAUGAGUUACUGAAAGAAAAGGAAGUUUGGAGAGAGAAGUUUAGGCAACAUGAGGAAUUGAUCAAAAGACUACAGUUGCAAAUAGAAGAGGAGAAAAGGGCCUUUGAAGAGCAGAAAGCAAAAGAAAGAGAACACUUGGCAGAGCAGUGGAAUAAAGCAGUCGUUAAAAUCCAAGCUAGAUUUAGAGCAUUUAUCGUGUACAGAAAAUAUGCUCCUAUCUUAAAAGAAUGGAAAGCGAAAAUUAAAAGGAAGAAGGAACUGCAACAAAAAAUGGAGAGAGAAAAGAGAGAAAAGGAAGAAAAAAUGAGGAGACGGAUGCAGGAAAGGAAGCAAAAAGAAGAGGAGUCGAGAAAGAGACAAGAAGAAAUAGAAAGACAAGCACAUAUGGAACAGGUGAGGAGGCGUGAGGAAUAUGAAAAGAAGAAAGAAAAUCUCCGUCUUGAACGAGAAAAAAACCUUCAGUUAGAAGGACCAAGAGGGCAACAAGGAGCAAAACAAAAAGAGAAAAUAGCAAUAAAUGCAGUGGCUGAAAAUAGAGACAAAGACACAAAAAUAACAAAGGAAGAAAGAGAGAGAGAAAAUAUAAAAGGCCUAAGAGAACAGGAAAAGGAGCAGAAGAAACAGAUACUGGAAAUAAGAGAAGAGGAAGAGAAACAAGAAGAAAAACAUAUUUACCUCUUGUAUCUUUCCAAUAAUUCAGAGAAUACAAAAGACAGAAAACAGACACCACCGAGCUCUGAGAAGAAAGAAGAGUCUCAUGAUAAAAGUAAAGAAAAUGCAGAUGGGUAUGUGAUGACACAUACAGGAAAAAGUUCCCUACAAACUAAGGAUAGAGAAGCCAUUGUUCUUGUAGCUAAUGAUGCAAUCUCAAAUAAGGAAAACAGUAUGCACAACAGUCAGUGGAAUUUGGAGGUCCAGCCAGAUAACAGGAACAGUGAACACAAAGUGCAAUCUUGUAAGUUUGAAACAGUUAAAACAGCAGAGGUCGUGAUCAAGAAAAUUCAGGAGGAAGUUGCUGAGGAUUGGGACAAAAGCGAGAGUGUAAUUAAGUAUUUUGAGAGGCCACUAACGCUACCUGAUAAUGUUGAAAAGAAGAGGCUAACUUGGAUGACGAUGUGUAAACCCUGGUCUAAAAUUUAUAGGGAAAACCAAAGAAAGAAAGUAGUUAAAAGAAGCAGACCAAGAAAAACCUCAGAAAGCAAGAUGCCCCCAUUAAGUGUAGAAAUGAUUAUUCAAUGUGGCCCUUGGAAUGCCCUCCAACAGGUUACGACACUUACACUUCAAGAUUUGCCUGGCUGUAGUCUCUCCACGUUGUCUGAAUGUUCAAGUCUUCAAUUAUUGACCCUUAGACGCUGUGGACUAACUGCAUUGGAAGGACUCAGUAACUGCAAAGGCCUAAAGUAUAUUGAUGUGGAGGAAAACAAUAUUCAGACAAUAAAUUGUGAGAAUCUAGAAAAUCUCUGCAUUUUAAUUUUGAAUAAAAAUCAACUUGCAUCACUUCAUGGCUUAGAUGGCUGCAGGGAUCUCAGGAAUCUUGAACUGUCCUGCAAUAAAGUCACUCGAAUUGGUGGUUUAGAGUCAUUGAAAAAUCUCCAGCAACUAAUUGUGGACCACAAUCAGUUAAUCAGCACGAAAGGUCUUUGUGAUGUGCCAACUCUCAUGCACAUAGACUGCUCUUUUAAUCAUCUUACUCAACUUGAGGGCAUUGAGAAUUGUGGCCUGCUUCAGAUUCUGAAGUUACAAGGAAAUAAUCUAAGUGAGCUCCCUACCUUGGAAAAUCAUGUUCUGCUAAGAGAACUAUACUUGGAUGACAAUAGUAUUUCAACUAUGGAAACAUUUUCUUUUUAUUGGCUGCCUCUGCUACAUAUCCUUUCUCUAUCACAAAACAGUUUGACUCAGCUUGCACCCCUAUUUUCAUGUGUAUCUUUGGAAAAGCUUAAUAUCAGCAACAACUGCUUGUCAGACCUUGAGAGUGUCAUCAUAUGGUUUAGUGGAUGUGAAAAACUAAAUGAGUUGUCACUCAAUGGAAAUCCAGUUCUCCAAGAAAAAAAUUGGAGGUGUUCCCUACUUAAAAUACUUCCUAGUUUGCAAUUUCUUAAUGGUGAAAACCUAAAUUCUCCUGCAAAACUCUCAACUGAAAGAAUCGAAGAGUCAAAACCAGGAAGCUUUUUGAAAUUUUGUCAAGCCCAGAUUGAAGAAAUUAACUUAAUAAAAAAGAAGACCAUUGAACAAGGAAAUGCUUCUUUCUUGGAUGCUGCACAGAGUCAGUGCUGGUAUUUUAAGGAGCUGAUGAAACUUAGUAAUGAACACCGAUAUGCACAUGAAUAUGGAGACCUAAACAUUGCUGACAGAGACGAACCAGAAGCACAGCAAGAUCAUUUGAAGCAAACAGCCACCGACAGGCUACAGCAAAAUAACCUCUUUAUCGCUGGUGCAAAGGAAAAUAAGCAGGGCUUGUUGAAUCCUUCUGAAAGAUGGAUUACUACAAGCCACAUUCAGCCUAUGUUCAUUAACUCCUCCGUACCUGUGCCUCAAAAAAAAAGUAAUCAAGAGCACAAAAUAAAGAAGAAAAGUACUGAAUGUUGCAUCAGUCACAAAGGGGAGAGCAAAGAUAACAGUAAAAUAUCAACCCCAACUACAAGAAAUACAUUCAGAGAGACAGUUAUUGCAAGUAAUGAGGGAGAGAAUCUCCAGCAUGUUGAGAACAGUGUGGAAAACUUGGCAGCUACACUAAUCCAGUCAUAUUGGCGAGGCUACAUAAUUCACAGAGAUAUUCAUUUCUGUGCUAGACUACAUAUGGCAGCAACGGAGAUCCAGUGUGCUUGGCGGAAGUACCUUGCCAGGAGAAACGCUGUCUACUGCACAAAAGAAAGCAAUGAACUCACAGACGCUAUAGAACAGAAGCAUAAAGCUGCUGCCCUUAUUCAGGCAUUUUGGAAGGGUUUCCUCUUGCGGAAGAAACUAGCCAGUGCUCUUGCAGCUGUUAAAAGUGAUGAAGUGGAGGAUGACUAUGAAGAAGUAAAUGUGGAUGAUUUUACAUUUGAUGAAGCUGCCUUAGAGAGAGAAUGGCUAGCUUUGGAUUCCACCCGCUUCCCUUCAAAAACACUGCUGCUCACAAACCAGCUGCACUGGCCAAAGAAGUAUGCUAGGCCUUUAAGUUCAGAUCAUAAUUCAUUUAAUUUACUAUGGCCUCCACAUGAAGCCUGGCAGUGUGAUGAGAGACCACAUUCGUUGUCAUCAGAAAAAACCCAGUUUAGUACCAGAUCAGAGAAGAGAGCUAUGUCACGUCUCUCUGACUUGCAGCCCAAAAAGAAAUUGUCUUUCAAAUCGGAAAAAGAAGAGAAAAUUUCAGAAGAAUGGGGUUUUAAAGAUAUUGCCACUGCACAGCUAAUGCUGAAGAGGGCCCAUAAAAUGAAAUCCAAGAAAUCUAGUAAUAAAAAUCUAGACCCAGCUGUGCGCCUGGCGUUGUUCAGAAACAAUGAAAAUAAACAUCCCCCUGUGAAACCACCAAGGAAGAGACAGCCAGCAAAAGAGACAGCCAGCAGUUACUUUGAAGGUAGGGAAGAAGAUUUUGUCCACUUGGAUACUACUUCAGCUGAGAAAUUACAAAGGAGCAAAGAACUUACAUACCAAUGGCUUCACACACAGGUCGGAGAUUAUGAAGCAACCAGUUUGAGAAAUAUUAAAUGCAAUCGCUUCUUGCCUGACUUAAAUCCAGACAUACUCAAUGGUGGACGAGUUCAGCUAGUGGCAAGCCCUGUAAGCAGAGAAGACACGGAUUUAGACCUUAUUUCCAUGAUCAGUGGAAGUGCUUUGACUCAGAACAGAGAAAAAAAUAAUCAGCCGCACAGACACUCAGCAGGAUCUUCAACAAAGGACAUAUCUGCUUCAGAAAGAACACACCCGGGUCCAUUUCGUAAAGAGCGGAUAUCGUUUCGAGACCAUCCAGUCCAGCUUAGUGGGGGAUGGGGAAGUGGCAAGAAGAAGGCAAAAUCUUUGAAGAAUUAGUUGAAACUUCAACAUGCAAAAUGUAUGGAGAGCUGUUUCUUUUCAAGAGGUCUGUGAUUAUCAAUUAUUUCAGGAUUCUACAUAUAUGUUACCAAUUAGAUACAACGUUUCAAAGAACUAUGUUAGAUUUAUUUUACCAUACAUGUUUUGCAGGUUUUUUGUUUUGUUUUUGUUUUCUGGUGAUGAUAUUCCUUACAUUCAUAUUUUGAAUUUGCAGUUGCUUCUGUGUUCAUGUGGUAUGGAAUACAGAAUCCAUUAACUUCUGUUACUAUAAUGUGAUUUGUGGGUUUACUCAUAACAACUAGUUUAGAUGUAUAAAUGCAAUAAUGGGUCAUUAUUGAGGAUGUAUGUUAGAAACUGAAGUACUGAUUUCUUAUAAUACAAUAAUAAUAUAUAUCAUGUUUAUACUUACGAACUGUGUUGUGAACUCUAAUACCCAAGAAUGGCACCCUGAGAAAAGUCUACAUGUAUGUAUUAUUGAAGAAGCAAUGGAAAUUCUCAGCACAUUAGAAGCUUAUAAAAUGCUAGUAUCUGUUUCUAGUAAGAUAGAGGUGCAUAUGAAUUCUAAUACUAAAUUAUGUUAGUACUGUUCUGUUGUGAUGCUAUGGCAAGCUGCUAAUAUUUUAUACUUUUAAGGACUUCUAACAUUUUUUCCAGUGAAAAAUUGAAUUUACCAUCCUGAAAUUUUCUCCUGUGGUAGUGUAGCAUUACAUCUCUAGGUCAGUUAUAGGCAGUCUCUAUUUGUUCAAGUAAUUAGUCUCAUUCAAACUAAUGUGUGCAUGCGUAAAAGUUUUGUGAUACAGCUUUAAUUAAGGAAGCCUGAGAAAUACUAUGUUUACCUUUAGCAUGCUUGAAGUGGGUGCAUAACUCUCAUUGUUUUUAAUAAUCACUAUGUUCAUCCAUAGACAGGACAGAGAAGAUCGUUUGAUUUGUAUUCCUAUUUUUUAAAUGUUUUCUGUUUAGAAGGUGGAAAUUGCUAAUUGGAUAUAGAGAAGCAAGUCUUUGGUGAUUCCUCAUCUGUUUGCUUUCGUCUCAUCCUUUCUUGUGAAGCCUUAAACUGCUACAAACUGAGACUGAAGUGGGAAGGCUAAUGGGGCUUGAGAUGUCAGUCAAUAAAGAAAACAUAAAUUCU